CGCUCCUUAUAGAUGAAGGUGCAGUCGGGAGUCAGCAAUUGCGGCUUCGGGUUUCCAUCAUUUCUGAGCAAGAACCGGGUGACUAAAAUCGAGCGAUAGAGAGAAAAACUGUCUGUGUUUGCAACGAGCUCGAGAGUUGGACAAAUUGUGGGCUCGGGCUUGCCAAACUUUGCUACAGGAGGGUACACAGAAACUGAUUCAAUGUCGCGGGAAGGUUGAUGGUUUUCGCCAAAGUCUUCAGAGUGUUCCAACUGUGAGUUUGAUGGGUUUACGAAUCGAUGGUUUCCUCCAGAAGUAGGCGGUGGGAUCUGCAUUUGAAGUCGGUGGCUCAACGAGGGCCUUCUUGUUGGGAGUGUUGAACGAUUCCUUCUAUCUGUGGAAACAGAACCAUGACGAGGACGUUUGAUGAAGACACGAAUCCGGAGGGAACGGAGACGAAGGUAGUCGGACUCCUGCUUUUGGGUUCGGUUGUUCUGAUGAUAAUUACAUCUAGCAUGCUCAUGGGAACCAACAACCUCCAGAACGACUUCGAGGUAGGGGAAAGCGUAAUCCUUGACUUCAACAGAAGUCCUUUAUGCUCGCACUUGAAAGCACGGUCCAUUCUUUGCAAAUUACUGGAUUUGCCAUGGUCGUUAGUGGAAGAUGCAGAGGCCCAGGAAGCGAAUACAGCCAUCUCGAAUCAGUCAAACACGAAUGCAGUUGUUUAAUCAGCAUCAAGCUUUCAAGGCACUACUCAUCGGAGGUCGCCAAUCUUUCCUCAAGUUUCAGUUUUCUCCACGGUGAAGUAGGUGGCGUAGAUAAGAUCUAAGAACUUCGGCGAAGAUGCCAUCGGAGAAUGUUCGAAAACUAUCGUGUCAGUAUAUUUUCUUUACUGACACUGGUGAGUGUCAGUAAAGAAAAAUCAGCACUAGAUUCACAAACAGGGUAGGUUACUCAUAAGACUUCAAGACCGAUCGCCUGGAAAUAUAUUGAACAAUCACCAGGCACUAACUUCCAACAGAAAUAAGCGUAUUUGUCGAGUUAACUCCUCCUGGAAAAGGAGGGGCGGGGCACCCAUCGAGUUUCAGAAUGAUCCCCAAGUGCUACAGGACAUCCAGACAUGUUGUAGGCAAGUGGCCGAAGGGUCCCUCCCGCCUACCAAGCACCAGCCUGGCUUAGACAGACACGAACUACAUUAUUCUAUAGGCACCUCGUAAAUAACCGAAGUCUCGGCAAGCAACACUGACCAUCAUUUUCACUCGAAUCUAGUACGCGAACCUUCAGGCUGGGCUGGACCAAUGUGCUUCGAAAGUCUCCACUGAACGAAUUGGCGGAUGAGUUUCCACAUGAGCGAGGGUUACGACUGACAUAUUUGAAGUCCACUCAACUAAUUAGCCUACAGUUUCAAGUUUACCAACCUCUGUUACAAAGCCAGUCUGGGCAAUGUCUUGCAGCCCUUGAUGAGACCUCGAGGGUGUAAGCUAUUACUCUAGAAGAUUAAUGAAGCAGGCAAAUGCGCGAGAAGAGGGGCG